AUGCUGCGCUGUUUUGCUUUGUUCAUCAUCUUUGGAUGUGUGAACAAAGUUACGUGUCUUCAGAGUUCAUGUGGGGCCGAGCAGGAAGGCGCCGCCCCGCAGGGAGCAGCGGGCUGCGGCUGCGGAAACCUAAACAGAGCCGCCGUGGACCCUGCGGUGGAGCACGGGACAGUUUCAGUAGACUCAGCUGUCAAAUACUCCAAAGGCGCCAAUGAGAGGCCGCCUGAGGCUCAGGGAGGGGAGAGGACAAUGCAGAGCCAGAUGGUGCUGAUUUCUGGAGGAGAAUUCCUGAUGGGGACGGACAACCCAGGCUUCCCUGCAGAUGGAGAAGGCCCUCAGAGGGUGGUGCAUGUGGACUCCUUCAACAUGGACAUCCAGGAAGUCACUAACAGGCAGUUCCAGAGCUUUGUCAAUGCCACAGGAUAUGUUACUGAGGCAGAGAAAUUUGGAGACUCAUUUGUAUUUGAGGGACUUUUGACUGACACAGUCAAAAACCAAAUCACUCAAGCAGUGGCUGCUGCCCCCUGGUGGCUUCCAGUCAAAGGGGCACACUGGAGGCACCCUGAGGGUCCAGACUCCAACAUUGCAGACAGGCCGGACCAUCCUGUUCUACAUGUGUCCUGGGCAGAUGCUGUCGCCUACUGCUCCUGGGCCAACAAGAGACUUCCUACAGAGGCAGAAUGGGAGUACGCCUGCAGGGGCGGCCUGAAAGACAGACUUUACCCCUGGGGAAACAAGUUGAACCCUAAUGGACAACACUAUGCCAACAUCUGGCAGGGGGAUUUCCCCGGUCAUAACUCUGGAGAAGAUGGAUACAUCAAAACCUCACCUGUGAUGUCUUUUCCCGCCAAUGGCUUUGGUCUGUAUGACAUGGUGGGGAAUGCUUGGGAAUGGACUUCAGACUGGUGGAAUGUGCAUCACACCACAGACCGGCAACACAACCCAAAAGGUCCUCCUUCAGGCACAGACAAGGUGAAGAAGGGGGGGUCAUACAUGUGCCACAAGUCUUAUUGUUACAGAUACCGAUGUGCGGCCCGAAGCCAGAACACUCCAGACAGCUCAGCCUCUAAUCUUGGUUUUCGCUGUGUCUCUCAGGAGCAACAGUGACCUGACCUGCUUGUAUUUCCUGCUCUCUGACCCCAGUGUUGGAGGCAGAGUAAAACCAUGAAAGCAGUAUUGAUAGUGAGGCUAUUUACGUGCCAUCGCAUUAGCUUGCAUCUGAAGGUGAUUUAAAAGAAGAAGAAAAGACAGAGGGCUUCAAACUGUUUGGAAUCAAGAAUGUCCUGUACUACUGCAAAUAGUGUCAGCACUCCUAAAUACUAAAAGUUUAUUUUUUUCAGACUCUUCAGACUUUUUCAUUCGAAAUGUAUAGAAACAUUCUCUUUACACCUCUGAGCACAAGUGAAAAGAGACCUGAGCAACUCAACUCAUUAUUUCUGCUUGGGUCAAAGAACUUAUCAGUAGCAAAGAUCAAUGUGGAAAGAGAUCUGAAUUUAAUUAAAGUCAGUUCUUAAUGAACAUGACCUAAUGUACAGUAUAACAACACAGAGAUUGUUGUAAAAAUAUUUUUCUAGACAUUUUUUUGCAAACUGUGAUAAGUCGGUGACUAAUGGAAUCCUGAAUGAAACCAUUUGUCUUUCUCUUUGUGUGUGAGUGUGCGCGUGCGUGUGCUUGUGUUCAUGUAUGCAUCUUCAAAUUGAAGGUUUUUAUAUAUUAAUUUUAUUGUUUCAACAUUUCGACAUGUUUGCCUGAUUAUAUCCCUUAGUUUUACUUUUGUGUGAAUUUUUCCAUAAUAAAAAGAAAAGCUAA